AUGAUGGAGAGGAUAAGAAAAGAAAUGAUUCUGAUGGAAAGGGGACUACACAGUCCAGUGGCAGGAAAGAGGCUCUCCAACCUCUCUGACUCGGCCGGGAACGCGGUGCUUGAGGCCCUGGAAAAUUCUCAGCACGCAGGUCGCCUCAGUCCGAGAAUAACUUCUGCCUCGCUGCAUGGCAGUCUCGGGGAUAUUCCCACCAAAGGCAAGUUUGAAAUCGACAGCUUAUUCGGAAACCACCACAGCGACAAUACCUCCUCCACAGAAGUGUCGUCCUCCGAAAGCAGGAAGAAAAUAAACCUGUACCCUGAAGUUUCUCCUGACUCCGAUAUGAACAGCGAUGUGGAAGUGGGUUGCCCGUCUCAUCGCUCACCGGGCAGUAUCAGCCAACACAAGGAAAACAAUAGCAAAGGUUUUUCCGACAGUAAUUCAGGAACCUCCAAUACAAGUUCGUCGUCUCUAUCGAAUAUUAACGGUUCCAUCAGUAACUCCAGCAGUUCGAGCUCGGACCAGGUGAGGAGGUACCGGACUGCGUUUACCCGAGAACAAAUUGGGAGAUUGGAGAAAGAAUUUUACAGGGAAAACUACGUCUCAAGACCCAGGAGAUGUGAACUGGCCGCGGCAUUAAACUUACCCGAAACAACAAUAAAGGUGUGGUUUCAGAAUCGACGAAUGAAGGACAAGCGGCAGCGGCUUGCCAUGUCCUGGCCACAUCCCGCCGAUCCCAGCUUCUACACCUAUAUGAUGACGCACGCGGCCGCCACCGGAAGUCUGCCUUACCCUUUUCAUUCCCACAUGCCACUACACUAUUACCCCCAUGUCGGUGUCACGGCAGCAGCUGCCGCGGCAGCCGCCUCAGGAGCCGCUUCUUCACCUUUUGCUACCUCUAUACGUCCCCUUGAUACUUUCCGUGCGCUUUCUCAUCCAUAUUCGCGCCCAGAGCUGUUGUGUAGUUUCCGGCAUCCAGGACUAUACCAGUCACCGGCAGGUUUGAACAGCUCCGCUGCGGCGUCAGCGGCAGCGGCGGCGGCGGCGGCCGCUGCAGCAGUCAGUGCGCCUUCAGCUACGGGGCCGUGCUCAUGUCUCAGCUGCCACAGCAGUCAGGCCGCCAGCGCACUGGGCUCCAGGAGCACCAGCUCUGAUUUCACCUGCACAGCGACAGGGCAGAGGUCCGAGAGCGGAUUUUUGCCAUACUCGGCAGCAGUUCUCAGCAAAACUGCUGUGCCCUCACCGGACCAGAGAGAAGAAAGCGCGCUCAAUAGAUAG